GGGUGGAGACAAAGGGCCGAGUCGUAGCCCCAACAGACCGACGCGAAGCUCUCCACAUUUUGGGCGAAGUCCGCAGAGAAGAAUUCGAAGGACGAAGAGGGGGGAGAGAGAGAAUAAGAGAAAACAGAGGAUUUGGGAUAAAAAAUUUGGCGAAGUAAACGGGAAGAUUUUGUUCCCAAUCGACCAGCUUUCCUCCCAAUCUUGCUUGGCAGAUCCUUGAAGAUGUUGCGAUCGGUCGUGGAGGAAUGAGGUGUUGUUGUCUGUCAUUUUUGGGUGGAAAUUGGGAGGUCUGAUGCUGGGAACUCGUCGUUCUAGGUUUUUAUUUGCUCCCAAGUUUGCUGUUUUCCGGUGCCGGCGUUGUUGUUUUGGUUUUCGGAUUUUUUUUUUUUCUUUUUCCUUUUCGUUCCUUUUAUUCUCAGCUGCAAAUCCUUCGCUAGAUCAAUUUUAAUGGAAAUUUCCGUUUUUGUUAGAGGGGAACCGCGAUUUAGCUGUUCUGAUUGGUGAAUCUUUCAAAAGGCAUUGGAUGAUUCCAUUUUGAUGGUUUUUCCUGUUCCAAUCUGUGAAUUUGGUCUACAAUCAAUUACUUGUAGACCACUUCUUAGGGGAAGAUUUCUUUUUGUCCCCUUUGUCAAACUGGUUUUGGUUCAUUUUAGUAUGGCUGAAUAAGAGAUUUGAUUUGGUUGCUACCACUGAUAAUUCUUUUCCUUUUGCCCGUCCAUAUUGUGGGAUUUGUAGCUUUGGGAGCUAGAAAGAUCGAUUUCAGUGACUUUUUUCGACCGGUGAUUGGAUUGGUGAUCUCAAGCUUCAAUCUUGUUGUGUCUCUGGAGACAUGUUGGAGGGCCAGUCCUGUUUGAUCUCGAGGGCAUUGCCUAGCUCCUGUGAGCAAGAAUCCAAGUGGCUAUAUAUUACCUACCAGCUCCUUGAGAUUGCGAACAACAAACGCACCCCGGCUAUGGAACCAGGGGAGCAGGAUGAACCUAUGAAGAGUAAAAGGACAAAGUCACCGAAUCCUCAAGGUCCUUUCCUUAUCAAGGAACUGGCGUCCCUUCUGAAUGAAUCUGAUUGUCAGGGCCAUGGUGGUGGGGAGCACUCUGAUUCAAAUUCUCUUAUCAGUGCAGUUGGCCGAGACAACUCUAUAAACUGUCUUCUUCGUUGUUCUCGAUCUGAUUAUGGUGCCCUUGCAUCUCUCAACCGAAGCUUUCGCUCCCUGAUCCGGAGUGGUGAGCUUUACAAGCUACGGCGGCAAUCUGGGAUCUCCGAGCACUGGGUGUACUUCUCCUGCAGUGUCCUUGAGUGGGUUGCAUAUGACCCCUACCGUGAACGCUGGAUCAACUUACCUAGGAUGCCCCACAACGAUUGCUUUAUGUAUGCAGAUAAGGAGUCACUCGCAGUGGGCACCGAGCUUCUUGUUUUCGGCAAGGAGAUUAUGUCUCAUAUAGUACUGAGAUACAGCAUUCUAACAAAUUCAUGGUCUCCUGGUGUAGAGAUGAACUCCCCUAGGUGUUUAUUUGGAUCUGCUAGUCUUGGGGAGAAGGCUAUUGUAGCUGGUGGUACUGAUGCUCAGGGUACCAUAUUGAACUCUGCAGAGCUCUAUAAUGCUGAAACGCAAAUAUGGGAAACUCUUCCGAACAUGAAUAAGCCAAGGAAGAUGUGUUCAGGUGUCUUUAUGGAUAAGAAAUUCUAUGUGGUUGGUGGCAUGGCAAGCAACACAGAGUUGCUGACAUGUGGUGAAGAGUAUGAUUUGGAGAAAGGCGUCUGGAGGGUCAUCCCAAACAUGUCCUCGGGGCUCAAUGGUGUGGCAGGUGCACCUCCACUUGUCGCAGUAGUUAACAAUGAAUUGUAUGCUGCGGAUUAUGGAGAAAAGGAGGUGAGGAAAUAUGAUAAGGAGAAUAACUCAUGGAUUACUCUUGGUAGAUUGCCUGAGAGGCCGGAUUCAAUGAAUGGAUGGGGUCUUGCAUUUCGGGCAUGUGGUGAACGACUCAUAGUCAUUGGUGGAGCAAGGGCGAUGGGAGGAGGGACUAUUGAGCUAAAUUCAUGGAUACCAAAAGAGGGCCCGCCAGAGUGGAACCUCAUUGCAAGCAAACACUUAGGAAGCUUUGUGUAUAAUUGUGCUGUGAUGGGUUGCUGAUUUAUUGUGAUGCCACACGGAUCCCACAUCUCCUUUCCUGAUGGAAGGAUGUGCAAAAUUGGUUUGUUGGAGGGCAUAAAAUAGUGAUUCUGCCUAAUGGGUAAUCUCCACCUUUUUGAGAUUUCAGAUUUUACCCAAGAUUCAAUAGAACAAUAUCUUCUGUUUAACUCCGAAAUUUCUCUUGUUUUCCAGUUUUACCCCUCAUUUAAUUUGCAGUAGAAGAAUUUAAAAUUUCUGCCCAUUUUCUCUUAAGCAUUGGAGUUCUUAGUGGUUUGGGAUCAUGCAAUAUAUUGAAACAUUAAUAAUAUCUUGUAGCCAAAUAUUCCUAAACUGCCUUUCAUGUUUUUUUAGCUUCCUUGUGCCUUCAUGUAAUUUCAUUAUGGCAUCCUAUGCUUGAGGAAAAUAAAAUUGGUGUCCGGUUUUGUUGUGUCCUUGCUACUAUGCAUAGUUCCAUUGCAAUUUCUUUCAAUCAACAUUAGUUAAAUAAUUCCUACGAUUGUUUUGUAAUGUUUGUUUGUUCAGUUGCUUAUAUUUGUCUUCAGCUAAUGCAUUUCCAUUUUGGCAAUAUUGUCGAAUAUUAUAUAGUUACUGGCAUUUAGUUUGUCUAAAAAUAGAUUUGGAUGAUUUCAUUUCUUUUCUCCACUCUCACAUAGUAGUUUUGUUAAUUGUCUUUUUUUAAUAUGCCACUGAGUCAUUCAGUGUCAUCAAGGAAGAUAAGUAGUUAAACUGUCCUGCUAUAUAGUUAAAUUCCACAAACCCCCCUUGGGCCCCACCUCCACCGUAUUAUUAGUGCUUCUCCGGUAGACUGGCUAGUCAUGGUUGACUAGUUGAGGUGAAGUGAGUUGUGUUCCAAUCACAAUCCGAAUUUCUAAGGGUUUGUGGUUUGGAUGUCUACACUCAUCUGAACUUAUCUUUUCUACUAUGUUGGCUGUCCAGCUCUGACGUUAUAUCAAUUUGUAAUUUACUUAAAUUGGAGAUUUUAAUUGAAUGUGUUGUGCAAUAUUAAGGUUUACUUUUAUUGUACCUGUUGCAUUUGUGAAUCAAAAAACAGUGUUGCAAAAUUUUCAUUUAAAGUCAGAAUUCUUGGGUGGAACAUUUCGAUUUCAGUUUUUAAUCAAACAGUUUUCCUUCUAGUUAGAUUUCUAAUCUAUUAUUAAAGGAGCCUAUGGUAUUACAAACAAUCAAUGCUCUACAAAAGAACCUGCCAGAGGUAAGUCCACUCAGAAUGGUAAGAUACACAGCAAGAUACACAGAGGGUUAAUGCAGUACUUCUACUUAUGACGGGGUUUGGUACACCAUCAUUGUUCGAUGUCUAAGGCUUCAUACAAAAUUAUAUAGUUUGCAAAGAUAUAUAAGGGCAAUUCCACAACCUGCACAAAAAAAAAGCAGCUAAAUAUUAUUAUUAUUAAACUUGACAAAUAUCUGUUGUAUAAGGCUUUAGUGCUGGUGUUUGAUUUUUUUUUUCUUUUUUUCUUUUUUCAUUCCUGUCAGCUCAUCUGGAGAAGGAAAUAUAUCAUGGACUCCACAUGUAAAGUUUCAUUCUCUUAUCUGAUAGGGGUGGUUGUGGUCUUCUUGCUGUUGUGUUCUAUCAUAGCAAAAAAAGCUAGGAGAUUGUUUCCUGUGACAUUUCAUGUAGGAUAUAGGUUAGAUUGAUUUUUACAUGUCAUGAUUAGACUAAUUUGCUUUCUCAUUAUUUUCCUUUAUAGCAAGUACAAAAGUGCCUUUUGUGAGAUCUUUUUUCCCCCCAAAAAAUGGAGUAAACUUUGAAGUUGAUCCAAGUGAGAAGUGGUGCCUGAGAAAUGAUUGGGUUGUUAUUGUCCUGUUCAACAAUGAUCAAAAGGACAGGGAAGAAGAUGUGUAGAUCUAAGAAUAUCUAGAGGAAGCUGUCAAAUUCAAUGUGUGCCAGUUGAGGAUGUUAUCAAAAUGAUUGGUGUAGACGAACUUUCAAAGUUGACUGUCUGUAUACAGAUUAAAAUAAUAAAACUUGUUAUGGUCUCAAUCAGCAUUUCUUGGGCAUGAAGACAAGUCAGUUUCUGGGAUGUGUUAGAGAUUUUGACUUGAUUUGAGCUUGAUUUAAAUAGAAGAAAUUUCUUUCUUC